GCAGGCGGCAGGCGGCAGCAGCGAUGGGCAACAGGGUUACCCGCGAGGAUUUCGAGUGGGUUUACACGGAACAGCCCCACACGCAGCGCAGGAAAGAGAUCUUAGCGAAGUACCCGGCCAUCAAGUCUCUCAUGGGGCCAGAUCCCCACUUGAAAUGGAUAGUGACGGGGAUGGUGUUCACCCAGCUUCUGGCCUGCUACCUUGUGAGGGACCUUUCCUGGAAGUGGAUCUUCUUCUGGGCCUAUGCUUUCGGGGGCUGCAUCAACCACUCCUUGACCCUGGCCAUCCACGACAUCUCCCACAACGUGGCCUUUGGCAACAAGCAAAUCAAGUGGAACCGGUGGUUUGCCGUCUUUGCCAACUUGCCCAUUGGACUCCCCUACUCUGCCUCCUUCAAGAAGUACCACAUAGACCACCACCGAUACCUUGGCGGAGACUCGUUGGAUGUGGACAUCCCCACGGACUUUGAGGGCUGGUUCUUCUGCACUCCCUUUCGAAAGAUGAUCUGGCUUGUCUUCCAGCCCCUUUUCUAUACCUUGAGACCGCUCUACGUCAACCCCAAAACAAUCACCGAGAUGGAAAUACUUAAUGCUUUGGCCCAGUUCUCUGUCGACUUGAUCAUCUACUACCUGUGGGGUUUGAAGCCUGUUGUUUAUUUAAUAGCAGGGGCGUUGCUUUGCAUGGGCUUGCACCCUUUUUCGGGGCACUUCAUAGCAGAACACUAUAUGUUCCUGAAAGGGUAUGAAACAUAUUCCUACUACGGACCCCUCAACUGGAUCACCUUUAACGUGGGCUAUCAUAUGGAGCACCAUGAUUUCCCCAGCAUUCCUGGAUCUAAGCUUCCAAUGGUAAAGAAGAUAGCAGCAGAGUAUUAUGACACCCUGCCUCAGCACCAGUCUUGGGUUCGAGUUAUCUGGGACUUCAUUUUCGAUGACUCCAUCGGUCCUUAUUCAAGGGUGAAGAGAACAUGCAAGCUGGCAUCAGACUCUCGAUAGCCGCGCACUCUGCCCUUCCCCCUUUAUAACCUUUGCACCCUGUAUACUUCCCCUAUCUAAACAAACAUAAACGAGUCUGUUCUCUGAGCAGAGCGUGCCCGGUAACCACAUAAGAGCUGAUGUUAUAUUUCUGACACCCAAGGAGUUUUUGUAACUUCAAUAUGAAGAAAUAUUACAAUGAAGCCAGUUGGAAGCACCUGAAAAUGUAUAGUAUAGUUU